AUGAAAUUUUGUUUUAUUAACCCUUUAGAGUCCGAGGAUCUUGAAACGUCUUCGCAACCUGAGCGUCUAAGACCACCCGCAGUUCCAGGAUUUAUACCUUCAGUGUUAUGUGGUCACAAAUUCUUCAAGGAGUACAAAAAAAGUGGAAAUUUUAUCUCUGAAUUGCCAGACGAUAGAAGAAUUGGAGAAUUGUCAAUAGUAGGCACUCGAGAAUCAAUUUCUUAUUUAUUAAUCGAUGACAUUGAAAACCGAAAAAGACAAGAGAUAAAUAUCAAAAAUCAAUUAGAUUCUGGUGUGCAUUUUUUGGAUAUUACUCUAUACGUCGAUUCUGGAAUAAUAAUGGUAUCUAUCGGAGAUAUUUAUAUCGACAAGGCUUUCGGCGAAUUUAUCUUCGAUGUUAAUUUAUUUUUGAGCUAUCAUAGGCUUGAAUUAGUGAUGAUAAAAUUGAAACAAAUGUUUAGUAAUAGCAAACCCUAUGUUAGCGACCUGAUAAAUAAGUUCCGGGAAAAUAAUAACGGAGGAUCCCGUUUGGUAACCAAUUGGGGUUUGAAUGAUACUCUUGGAAUGCAUCGAGGAAAAAUAUUGCUUGCUAGCGAAGAUAAUUUAUUAAAUAAUUGUCUUCACAUAAAUUAA